AUGACUCCAAGGAUCGAUAGUUUUAAUCCUUUUGACUCCUCAAUCUUUAUAAAUCUGAUGGCCUAUGUCCUACUUUUCCUAACUACUUCCCUCUUGGCAGAUGGCUAUAUUGUUCAGCUGGCAAAGAGACACCCAAUCAAAUCCGAAAAUCAUAAUGGCAUAAUGGCAGGAUUUAUGCAGUCGCUCAUAUCAACCUUGCCAUUUACGCUUAUAAGCAUCCUACAUUUUCCUGGAAAUGGAUUUUCUACACUUGCCAUGUCGUACAAGUCCAUCUUGCUUGUUGUUGCGCUCUCGUUUACGAUUUUAUCUUUGAAAAAUACCAUGAAAGUUGUAGUGCAAAGCGAAUGCUUGCCGUUAUUUGGAGCGCUGUAUUUGUUUGCCCUGUCCUCUUGCCUCGUUGGGCAUUUUCAGGCAACAGCUGGUGCAAUAAGCAUUACGGCAGCCGGACUAAUUAUUUGUUAUAUACUAAAAAGACUAUUUGCCGUACCAGAAUCAUCACUAAAUGAGCCAAACUCGGUUGAAAUAUCCUCAACAAUGUUUUCUGAGGUCAUCACACUCACAUUGCUUCCUUUUGAAAUAGUUUUAGAAAACUUGAUUAUUAUUCCAGAUACGAAGCUGAAAUCCUAUUCAUUGCCGCUGCCAUUUAAAAUUUUCUUCUCUCCCGCCACCUUUUCAUUACUUUCUUUAUAUUACUACGGCAAGCUGUUAGAUCUGAACUGGCUAUUUGCUGCAGCCACUGUUUCAUUGGUUUCCAGCGCUGUAAUUACAUUUGUGUACAAAAAGGUCCAGUACUCUUACAUCCUGAACGUGUACAGUGCAAUCGUUUCUCUUUCAAUUCAAAAUUUCAUUUUCAACCAAGCGCUAAAAAUCACAAAAAACUUAUCAGAGCAGUUAGAAAUUGACAUACAUAAGGCUAUGACAUUUCUGGCGGCACCUUUAAUUUCAAUGCCCUCAUUGUAUAUUCAGAAUAGCUUUAUAAAGAGAAGAUUCCAUAGACAAACCUUAUAUUCUGCUUUCUGUUUUCCCUGUGCAAAUAUAUACGUUAUUAAUUUGGUUGCCUUCAUUUUUAAUAUUUUCGUAUCAGGGAAUAGCGCCAACCCUAAAAUGGAUCUAGCUUUGAACGGAAGCAUGAGAUACACACUUGGCGGAAUCACCGCACUGAUGUCAAUCGUCCUACUGGAUGUUUAUAAAAACAAUAGCCGGUUCAGACCCACAAACUGGAGGCUUGGAAUAUACUCAAUACUUCAAGAGUAUUUGAUAACUGCAUUAUGCAGUUUAGAUAAAAAGGAUUAA